CGAUUGUGAGACUCUAUUUGUACGGAACAAUUCGAAACAGUCAAGUCAUGUCGUCAAACGAAUCGCCCGCAGCGGCGCUAGAGCCUACGCAUACCUUUGCGCCAAACCAAGGAUACGACUAUGCCAACAAUGAGCAGGAACAAGCUGGUGGCGUGCUGUUGGAAGAAGGGAUCGACAAUGAACAAGACGACUACUACGACGACUUGUUCGAGGACAGCGCCGACGAAGUCAACGACUCGGAAAUUACCUCGUCCAAUCCAGCAGACUUCACCAAAUCAUACAACCGCCAACGACGCGCAAACGACGAUCAAGUCUCAUCGACUCAAAAGCCAAAAACCAACCCUGCUGGCCACAAGCCCACUGCAAACACACGGUCAAGCGUCGACGACCAAGUCCAGAGUCUGGCCCAGCAUGCAUCCAAGCUUCGUCUGUCCAAUCUCGAGGCUGGAUUCGGCGGCGGCAAGCAAGAAAGAGGAGGUGGUGGCAAGGACAAGAGCGAUCGCGCCACCAGCGAACAAGUCCUGGAUCCUAGAACCCGCAUGAUCCUCCUGCAACUCUUGAAUAAGAACGUCGUUUCCGAGAUCAAUGGUGUCCUGUCGACCGGCAAGGAAGCCAAUGUCUACCACGCCGCACUUGUCCCCGAGUCCCAGGAUGACUCUGAAGGUGCCGCUGCCCCUUUACACAGAGCCAUCAAGGUAUACAAGACGAGUAUCCUGGUCUUCAAGGACCGCGACAAGUAUGUCACUGGCGACUUCAGAUUCCGUGGCGGCUACAACAAGAGUGACAACCGCGCCAUGGUCAAGGUUUGGGCCGAGAAGGAAUUCAGAAACUUGCGCAUCUUGCAUGCUGCCGGCAUCCCUUGUCCCGACCCUCUGUACCUCCGCCAACAUGUCAUGGUCAUGAGCUUCCUCGGCAACAAGAAGGGUUGGCCUGCACCUCGCCUGAGAGACGUUGAUUUCCAACUACCUACCGAAGAAGAGAACGCCGCCAAGUGGCGUGAGAUGUAUAUUCAACUGCUCGGAUACAUGCGUGUCAUGUACCAGACCUGUCACCUGGUUCAUGGCGAUUUGAGCGAGUACAAUUUGAUGUAUCAUCAAAGUCGCAUUUUCGUCAUUGAUGUCAGUCAAAGUGUUGAGCACGACCACCCCCGUUCUCUGGAGUUCUUGCGUAUGGACAUCAAGAACAUCAGCGACUUCUUCGCCCGCAAAGGCAUCGACUGUCUGCCGGAGAGAGCCAUCUUCGGUUUCAUCACUUCUGAGCAAGGUGGUGUUGAGACCUCUCAGAUGGAAGACCUCAUCGCCAAGAUGUACGAGACUAGAGAGCAAGAGGGCAACCAAGAUGAUGAGGAUGUCGACAACCAAGUUUUCAGACAGCAAUACAUUCCCCAAACACUGGAGCAAGUUUACGAUGUUGAGCGUGACGCUGCAAGAGUACAGAAGGGAGAGGGAGACGACCUCGUCUACAAAGCUCUUCUCGCAAACAAAACCGCCAAUGGCGAGGACCACGAGAACGAAAGCGACGCGGAAGGUUCAGAAAGCGAAGAGUACGAUUCAGAGGAUCCCGACCGACCGCGCAGAAAGCGUAACGAAGGUGAGAGGCCUAGAGGUAAGCGCUUCGAGGACAAAGACACGAAAAAGGAGCACAAGAAGGCUGUCAAGGAGGAGAAGCGCGAGAAGAGAAAAGAGAAGAUGCCCAAGCACAUGAAGAAGAAGCUCAUUAGCGGCUCUUCUCGCGGCAAGCACUAGACGAUCUGACCCUUUUUAGCGUUCUUUACAAGCCAAAUGAUACCACUUUACGACUUGCAACAAUCUCUGAACUCCUGCUUUUGGUAUCUGCCGUAUAUGAAAUUCG